AUACUUCUUACGGUUGUUCAUUGGUUUGUUUGUUGUUGUUUUACCAAUAGGUCUGCCCCAGCCACUGGAGCUCCUGCACCAGAGGGAGGGAAUCAGCCCCCUCCCAACCUCACCAGCAACCGUCGUCUGCAGCAGACGCAGGCGCAGGUGGAUGAGGUGGUGGACAUCAUGCGUGUAAAUGUGGAUAAGGUUCUGGAGCGUGAUCAGAAGCUGUCAGAACUGGAUGAUCGGGCUGAUGCCCUGCAGGCUGGAGCUUCUCAGUUUGAGACGAGUGCUGCAAAACUGAAGAAUAAAUACUGGUGGAAAAAUGCAAAGAUGAUGAUUAUCCUGGGUGUGAUAUGUGUGAUUGUCCUCAUCGUCAUUAUUGUGUACUUCAGCACCUAAGAAGAGUUCCGCCUACCCCAGUUUGAUCCUGACUACCUUGCUACAGAAAAAUGCAGAAAUUGAUGACAAAACAAAUCACUGAUAAUUACUUUAGCAUAUGUCUUUCCCCAGUUAGCCUCGAUAUAACACCCCUAAACCCUUCAGGGACCCGUGGCUCCCACACGUCCAUCACCUCGCCUCUGGACCCUUGUCAAUAUUUGUCCUGUGAGUGUGUGGCCCUGUCUUCUUCCUGGGUACUAUUGGCUUUUCUAACCUGCCG